AUGGGAUGCAAUAUUGAUCCUUUCCUUGCCGUUGUUGAAUUUUGCCAGAUACAGGGCCCGCGCCCUUUAGCAACAGUCUCGCUGAGACCGAAUAAGAAACUUGCAUCUGUAGAUGUGGACACCUUGUCAGUUUGGCUGAUGAGUUCGGAAGCUGCAAGCGGUACUAUUUUGAUGAUCUACAACCAACAAAUGGGCAUUUAUGGGUUGUCGUACUACAUUACCAUGUACGAUAUAAAGGCAAGAGCCUUCCAGCGACCAAUAUGUGUGGCCUUGUUGACUUCGGAGCGACCAACAUCGGAUCAGUUGUCACGUUUUUCUUCUGGAGUUAGGAGACUGGUUUCGCCCCUCAUAAAGUGCAAUCGCCGUUUUUUCCUGAAACAGCUUAGCGAUAUGAUCAAGAUUUCGGAUGCCGUUGAAUCCGACACAAUACAAAGUUACUACACAUUGGAUGCAGAGAUGUUAAAGCAGUCAGGAACGAACCGUAAACUCGUUACUGUCGCUGAACAGGCGAGGAAACUGAGACCAAGAAUGCAAGCGAUGUAUGAUGCUUUGUCAGAAUCUCAAACAUAUCUUGACUGUACUGGUCACGCUGCAGAGGAUCGCGAAGCUGCCGAAGAAAUGUUUUUGUCCUUUCUUCAAAACUCUUCACUGGAUCCUAUUUCUGAUGUGACGCCGUGUGCCUAUGACUCCUUCAUCGCAAAUUUGCACAGCUUUCUUGUGCAAUGUUCAGAGAACCAUUUACGGAAGGGCGUUUUGUACUCUGCAAAUACACCAAUUCUACGAUUCCCUAAGCGUACAUCUCCAAUGAAGACAAAAACCUCGAACAGCAAAGAUGUUCCUUCUACAAGUGAGGAGGAGACGUUGCGCACCGUUUCGCACCAUUUGGAUAAUCUGUUGUUCCCAGUGUUAGCGGGCGAUGAUAUGAUUGUGUGUGGUUCCGAACAAAGGAAGCAAACAGUAAUCGACUUUGUCGACAAAAUUAAUUUCUUGAAACCUAAAUCACAUCCUAAUCAUAAGGUCGUCUUAUGGACGGACAACGAUGAAAGUCGUCCAAAAGGUGUGAUAGGUGUCUGCCACGGCCGCAGUGAGUCGGCUGCUCUAAACGUGCCAGCCACUGCCAUACUCGAUGCGAAUGCCUGUGUGCUAAGAGCAGUUCCUUAUCGAGGAUCUUUGCUUGCGAAUCUUAGUACAAGGAGACGUUUUCCAUCGGACGCAGCUCUUAUUGCAUUUGUAGCUGCUUCGCUAACGAAUAUAUCUUCCUUGGUGUACCUGUCUCGAUUUCUUUCUCCUCUACAUCUUGAGAACGAAAAUAUCACACUCGACGACGAACGUAUUCUUGUAAAUAUGCUAACUGAACUUGAUCUAGUAAAAUACCAAGGACUAAAAUGUUCUUUGGAGAAAAGGCGCCCUAUCAACGCGCUGGUGAAAUCGUGUGGGGAAACCGAUGGAAUCGUUGGUAGAAGUGUGGCAAUGUGUGCACUAAUAGCAUUAGAAGAAAGUAGAGUUCCGAGAGCUUAUCAGAACCACUGCACUAUCGACUACCGCUCGUCUCGUCGAGGGGUUAUGGAAGUUGUACCUUACUCCACUGAGGACGCAGGGCACGUCUUAGUUCGUAGUGCGUACCAGCGGCGGACGGCCGCCUUCAUGAUUCUCGUGUUGAUGUUGCUUUUGCUGUAUGCAGAAACGUUUCUAAUGUUAACAUGCUUCAAGCGAAAAAAGCCGCCUAAUAUCAGUAUUGUCGGCAAACCAGCUCCUCCUCCGAGUGCUGCUGAUGAGAAGAAAGUAGAUGGCUGCACGGUAGCUGUGUGGAACGAUUACAAAAGCCUAGGACGUAAACUCUGGAUAGUAACUGCUCACGCACCUACGGAAACCUUUGCUGACAACAGUGAGGACGCCUUCUACGAUGAAGUCAAUGCGCUGAUGUCUAAAAUACCCAGCCAGCAGGUGGUCAUUGUCGGAAUCGACGCAAAUGCGAAGAUGAGACUCGAACAGCAAUCCGAUGUGCUAGGAAAAUGGCAUUAUCUAGCGAAGCGCACGUUGAACAACGUUCUUCUCAGCCUUAAGAUACGGUUCAACAAAAGUAACCGAGGAGUGCCUCCUCAACCGAAAAUCGACAUGGCAGAUCUGAAAGACGAAGAAUCCAGAACGAAUUUCCGCCAACGUGCGUCUAUUCAUGUUGGAGUACGGACCAGGAAUAAGCAUUGGGAUGUGGAUUCCUUUACAAAGUACAUCCAGGACGCUGCAAAUGAAACCCUCCCGGUUCAAAUGUCGCCGAAGAAGUUUGCCUCUGCAUCUGUGGAGACGAGAUCCGCGUACAAUUCUGUAUGUGCCGCGCGCAGCACUGGCGAUUUCAAGCAGGAAAGACAUCUUAGAAGGAAGUUGCGUCGUCAACUGCAACAAGACCGCGAUAACGAGUGGACGUCAAGAGCGAUGGAGUUUGGAGAAAGUUGCUUUACUAAAACACUAACAGUACACAAAAUUAAAAGAUGUUCUCCUGUCCUCAACACUGUCAAUGGAGUAGCUGUCAGUGAAGCAACUCUUCCAAUUUGGAGGGAACACUUCAAGACCUUGUUGAACCGGCAAGCACCGUCAGCUCCUGAACUCGAACACGUUCAUAGACCGACAUAUGCGGUUAACGAGGAGCCACCGACCGAGUCGGAGGUCCUGGUCUGUAUUCAAAAAAUGAAGAAUGGAAAAUCUGGUGGAGACGACGGGAUUAGCGCAGAAAUGCUGAAAUAUCUUCCUCCGUCUGGGAUUCCUGUAAUGACAAAGAUUAUCGAUUCAAUAUGGAUAGACGAAAAGAUACCUUACUCGUGGAGACACGCUAUCAUAAUUCCCCUCCACAAGAAGCUAUCCGUCACAGACCCCAGGAAUUAUCGAGGAAUCUCUUUGUUGCGUGUUAUGUACAAGGUAUUGGUGCGCAUUAUCCUGGACAGACCCAUUAAACAUCGCGAAGAAAAAACGCGCGACGAGCAAGCUGGCUUCCGUCCUGGCCGAUCUACGAUUGACCAGGUGUUCAUCGCCAGGAGAGUGAUUGAAAUUUGGCAACGGUAUUCGAAGCCAGUGCAACUAGCGUUUCUAGACUUUGAAGCCGCGUUCGACUCUCGUCACCGAGGCCGUCUUCUCAACGCGCUCCGCGCCGAUGGAGUACCAGGAAAGUUCGUUCGCUAG